AUAUAAAUGGCGAUUUUGGAAAGGCCGGAGAGUGUAGAGACAUAACCCGAGGACUAUUUGUGAGAGUUUACAUGAGUAGUUAAUUGAGUAAUGACCCCAACAUGGCUCAGCUGAAUUAAUUUGCGAGAGACUUCAAUUUUCCCAAUUUAUCUGGCUUCAAGUUGGUUUUUUUUUUUUAACUUCGAUAAUGAAGAAGAUCGAUGCUGUGUAGCGUUCAGUUGAAGAGCAAUUUAUCAGAAAACAUCAGAAAGUUAAAGGUCACUCAUUCACGUUGGCGGCUCAGCCUGCACGAACUGCUCACAUGCUAGAAUGGCUUUUAAAAUCUUUAAGGUAGUGGAUACGCUUGUAAUUGAGAAGUGAAAGAAACCAAAAUGGCAACACAACAAGUACUCAAAAAAGGAAACCCUUCAAUGUCAAUCUUCUUAAGGAAACAAUUAUGUCGUCCUUGGAGUAUUUGGACUUGGCAGCCAAGUUCAAUCGCUAUAGAUACAUCUCUCGCUUAUAUAAUCACAAUGUGAUAAUUCCAAGCCACCUGCUUCCAUCUUGGUCUGUUGUCACAAAAGAGAAGGAUGAGAAACAAAGCAGCCUUGUGACAAUGCUGGUUUUGCUCUUGGUGUUAUUGUUUUGAUAGUAAUGGCUGGAAUUAUUUUUUACACCUGCCAUUUGAUAGUAAAGUGUACACAAGAGAAAGUGAAGCAUGGAGAUGUUGUGGAGUUUUCUGAUAUAUGUAGAGAGUGUCUUGGUAAACCUGGAGAGUUCAUUGCUGUCUUGUUUUCAGUGGCUCCUCUUGUGUGCGCAGUCAAUGUAUUUUGGGUUUUAAUGAGCAGCUUUCUAUUCAAUUCUGGAAAAUACAUCCAAGAAAACAUAUUUUCAGAUGGACCAGCAGUCAACUCUUCAACCACUUUUGAAGUACUUUGCCUGGAUGGUUAUAGUGCAGGGUCAACUUCUUCAAAUUGUUCAAUUGUUCAGGAUGGAAAUUCAUUCUGGCAUGUUCAACAUACUGUACCAUACUUUUUGAUUGCCAUCUUCCUUCCAUUGUGCAGUGCCAAGUCACCAACUUUUUUCACAAAGUUCAAUUCUUUAGGAACCUUGUCAGCUGUCUACAUCAUCAUCUUCACUGUUACCAAAGCCAGCAUAUGGGGAGUCAACAUGGAUUUUAACAAGAUACCAAUGUUCAAGGCUAGUUUUCCAGCCCUAACAGGAAUACUUACCAUGGCCUACUUUAUUCACAACAGUAUUCUGUCAAUAAUGAGGAACCAGGAGAACCCUAAGAAUAAUGAACGAGACCUCAGUAUAGCUUUCUGUCUUGUAGCAUUUACCUAUACAACUGUUGGUGUGCUGUUCUUCAUUUCUUUUCCUAAAGAAAAAGAUUGUAUUCAACAGGUUCUUCUUGAUAAUUUUCCAGCUUCAGAUGUUAUGACAUUUAUAGCCAGGCUCUUUCUUCUGUUUCAACUUACCACUGUGUUUCCUCUGGCCAUGUAUGUCAUACGUGUGCAGUUCAUGUUGUAUUUCUUCAACAAAACCUAUCCCAGCUUUCUUCACGUGUUUAUCCUAAACUUUGUUCUGAUUGGAACCUGUGUAUUAUCUGCAGUUGUAUAUCCACAUGUUGGAGACCUUCUCAGGUAUGCUGGAUCAUUAAGUGGACUGGCUUAUGAUUAUGCAUUACCCUGUAUUGCAUACAUGGUGAUACAGAAGCGAAAAGGACAGCUGUCAUGGCUGAGUUUUGGAUUCCAUUCUAUCAUUGUUUUGCUUGGAUUUGCUAACUUAAUGGCUCAGUUCUUCACUGCUGCAUGAGAUUUUACUCAGAAAUUAAGUGGAUAAUGCAUGGAGCAGGUGGCGUUCAGGAAGUGGUGACAAUAAAACGUCAUUUUCCUUGAGUUUAGAUUGUCUUUGUAGGAAAAGGUGUUUCACAAAUGACCCGUGCAAUAAAUUUUCAGGCAAGUUAUGCUUGGUGAAUUUUUGUUGUUGCUACUGAGUGCCAAUGACUAGCAACUCAUCAUUGAUAGGGCUCUUAUAUUUGCACCAAGUUAUCAUGUUUCAACAAAAACUCACCAGCUUGGGUGUAUAUAUAUUGUAUGCAGUUUCCAUUAAUUUUUUAUAAUUAUAUUUGAAUGACGUGGCCUUUUUUCCUAAAGACAGGGUCUAAUUUGUUUGUAAGGCUUCAAGCCAAAACCAUUACUUCCUAUUAAUAAUAAGUAAAACUUUGAAUUAACAAGGUAAACAAGGAAUUUCAGUUUUAGUGUAAUGGAAUAGUUUGAGAGUUACAAUUAUUGUAAAAUACUUUGAGGUUAAGGUUCAAAAAGGAUGUUGUGUUAUUUCCAAUAAUAAUUGCAGAGUAAAUAGCACUUUACAGGCCUUAUAAACAUUCAUGACAGUUACGUGUACUUGGCUUAAUGGCCAUUUUUGUUGAUUCAUUUGUUUUUAAAAUGUGUAUUAGUUAUAAGAUAUGACUUCCAAUGAAGGUUGAGCCUCUACUGCUUCUUCCCUAACCAGGCAUAU